UAAAUAAAUGCACAACUCAAACCCAAAGCAUGUUAUGGGUGUUGCAGAAAAUGAGGAAAGAAAAUAUCUCUUCACCAUAAGCAGCCACGUAAGAAAACUAAAGUGUGGAUUCAUGUUGGCUUGACACCACUCUCAACUCUAUAAUUCUAUAACCCCUGUUUUGGAAAAAUCACUGUCUGAAAGAAAGUGAAACUGAAACCACUACCCAUUGUCACUAUAUAUGAAACCUCGCUUGUCAUGAAUCCACCAAAAGAGAGAAAUGGCUUUCACGAAUUCCAGAUCUCAAUCAGCUUUCGCAGAAAAAGAAAAAGAGAAUCUUGAUAUCUUAGGGGAGAAGGAUUUGAUAUCCAGACAGCUCCAGUUGAAGUCUUCAAAAGCCGGUUUCCAGAGCCUCCUUGGACGCUUACGGCAACGCAGGUCUUACAACAGAGCCAAACGCGCUUUGGAGGCUCUGAUGGGCACAUCGGAAGCCAACUCCGCCACUGUGCAUGAACAAAAGUGGCUUCAUCUGCCUGACUCUUUCUCUUCUCCAUAACUUCUCAUAACCUCUUAAGAGAAUAGAAGCACCAAUGUUCACUAAAAAUGAGUCUCUCUUGUACAAAUUCUACCUGAUGAUGAGAUCUCUUCAAGCUCCAUUUAAUGGUUUAUCUCUGCCUACAGAAAUUUUCUUUAAGAAA